UUAUUCCAAUUUUUUGGAGAUAAAUCCAGGCACAGUGUCAUGAAGAAGGAAGCCGAAGAACACUACUAAACUUAAAUUCAUGACAUGUUAUGACAAAGAAAACCAAACAUGAUACCAGGCUUUCCAAUAACUUACUACCCCAUUGGUGGGCAGUUCCCAACUCAACUUUCAGACGAUGCAGGUAAAAUAUUUGUUGGAGGAAUCCCUGCUGAUGCAACAAAAGAAACCCUUACUGACUAUUUUUCUCAGUUUGGAGAAGUGUCAGACUGCAUUAUUAUGGUAGAUAACAUUACAGGAAGAUCCAGGGGUUUUGGAUUUGUCACCUUCUUAGAAGCAAUAACAGUAAAUAAAGUCCUGGGACACUUGAAACAUUCUAUAAAUGGAAAAAUUGUUGAUGCCAAGAGAGCUGUUCCUAAGGGACCUAAUCAAGGCACAAUACUUCGAGCUAUGGGUAUAACUUCAAAUCGAGCUGAUCGCAAUCCUGAUUGCAAAGUGUUUGUAGGGGGUGUGGCACAAGGUACCACUGAAUCAGAUUUAGAACAAUAUUUUCAAGAAUUUGGGAAGGUCCUUGAGGUAAAAAUACCUAAAGAUCAAAACACUCAAAGAGCACGCGGUUUCUCAUUUGUACUUUUUGAAAAUGCUGAUUGUGUUAUAAAUGCUACUAAGGAACGCUUCCAUCGGAUUAAUGGAAAAAUGGUUGAAGUAAAAACUGUACAAGUUCCAAAUAAAAAUCAGUUUGACAAAGACAGUGAUGACGGCCAUAUGCGCAGUUCACCUUCACCAUUUCUGCAAAUAGGACAGCGACCAAAUUAUUAUCAAGCGUACCAUCAAAGUUAUCUAGGUGUCAACCAUGGAAUGAGUCCACAUGGUUUUUAUGAACCGCCAUAUGAACCAUCACCAAGUGGAAGCACGGGAUCGGCUGCAUCAAUUGGAUCUGCCGGAUAUGGGAAUGUCAGUGCAGCCGCAACUAGUGGACAACGACUUGAUGAAUAUCCGUAUAUGACUCCAUUAUAUCCUGCAAUGAAUGAUCUUUCUAUCAGCCCACAAUAUCCUCGAAUAAAAAAUUAUACAGCUUAUCGUGCACCCCAAUACAUGCCAUCUGGAGAUCAAUUAUCAAGCAGCUAUGGUGGAUUACCUGGAGCUCCCACACCAUCUUCGGUUGCAUAUCACAGUGAAUUAUCUAGCUACGGAUCCUCAUCGCCAGGCUAUGGGGCUAUGGGUGGUCAUGGGAUGCCAUAUAAUCCUGCUAGUACACCGCAAGCAGUACCUUCUGUGCAAACGUUCAGCAGAUGAAGAUCAAAAGUGUAGAACAAUAUGUUCAAAAUUGUUGUUUGUUCUUUUUUAUAUGUGUUGUACCAUGUCAUAAUUGUUAUAUGUGAUCUAAUUUUUACACAAAAAAGAAUGAGUAUUUGUUAGGUAGGUUAGCUUCACAAGCAAAAAUUUUUUUGAUAUAGAUGAUAUUUUUAAGAUGGUAGUGAAGAAAAUGUGUGAUGGUGAUAGUCUACUUUUGUUGUUGCAGGGUAGCCCAGGGCGCAGUGCAAAUAAGAUUUUUUAGAAACUGAUUGUGUCCAGAAGUAUUUACGAAAACCCAAUUUAGCAAGUAAUCCUAAAAACAAAUGUACUUUGGCCUUGAUUUUAUUCAUCCACCCACAUCCAGCUUACAAAUUGUAAGUGAUUGUCUUUUGAUCUGGUUUUUGAUUGCUCUAGCCACCCUGUGAAGGUUACCUUUAACCAGCACUUUUUGUGAUAACGUUGAAUUGGUCGCUUUCGGUCAUUAUGAAUCAAGUAUGUUCUUUUACAUGUGCACCUUUGUUGAAUAGCAAGUAUAUUGUUGUUUUGUUAAUGUUCUGCAUGUUUGUGGGGAAAGUAUCUGAUUGUCGGUCUUCGUCUUCUUACUUAAUUGUCGUUCACUUUGGGAAGAAAUAUAUUUUUACGUUUGUGAAUGUUGAAGCUCAAAAGCUUGCUGUCUAGAUAUUUUACCGUAUUUCAUCAUGUUGGGUUUAAUUAUAAAUAAGAGCGUUCAUUACCUCAAGAUAGAACGCUAUCUUGCAUCAGCGCUCGACUGAAUUGUAUUUAAGUGAGUGUAUUUACAAACGAAUGCUACUUUAAACUGAUGCAUAUUUAGUCCUUUUUCUGGUGAUGCUUGAUCUACAUGGUGGCCAGCCAUCUAGAAAGACUGAAAAACCUAGAAAAGUCAUGGAAUGUCAAAAUAGGGCAAAAGAUCAGGGAAAUUUUUUUUAUUAAAUUUUUUAAAAGUCGAAAUUUUGUUGCAUAAAACUAUAGAAGUACCUAAGUACAAAUUGAAAAGUGUUUUAAAAGUAUUCAUUUUAGUCAUUGAGAAGUUAGAAAAUAAAUGCUGGCCAUCCUGUUAUAUUUUUUUGAAAAACAUUUUUAUGUCAUACUAGACAGCAGAGCUUUUGUACGCAUAAACUCAUCUGCGAUUAUGAAUCACUUGUCUAUUUUAAAUAAAAAUCGUUUUAUUUAUUUAUUAGUUGUGCUGGUCACUCUUUUUUAUGUUGUUAACGCAUUUUAUGUUGGUAAAUAUAGAUAGAUUCUCGUCUUUAUUUUUCAUGACAAGAUAUAUUUCUAAGCAUUAUCACCUUUAGUGAAGAUUCAUAUAUAUUAUAUAUAUUAUAUAUUAUCUUUCUGUUAUUUGUUGUUUGCGUUUUUUAAGAUAUCAAGGUACAGUACUCUGUUUGAAAGUUUAGUCAGGCGGCGACGAAAACCUUAAGAAUUAUCGUAUUUAAGAACAUAUACUUGAAAUACUAAAAAGCUACGAUUCACUUACCCUAUAUGAUCUAUCCAAUGUAGUCCACGAAAGAACCUGAGAAGUCGUUUUAUUGUAAUUGUGAAGUAAUUAAGGUAUGCUAAAAUAAGACCUUAUCUUAUUAAAAAUAAGCUAUAUUUGUUUAAAAAUGAAGAGAUUAUUUAUGUACUUGUGUAUAAUACAGAAUGAUUUUUCCUAUCAAAAAUAUUUCAAGAGAGGAAUAGAUGGAAAGCAUUAUCAAUAUACUACAUAGUGUGUGUGAAGAACAGUUGUGCUUUCUCUCUACUCCCCUUUUUUGUUACUUAAUAAUUUAUUUUCUGAAACACAAACAGCACUUGUUAGCUUUUAUGUUUUUCACUAUUAAGACAUAUAUAUAUAUAUAAACUUUCACCUUUUUUCGUAGUUGUUUUUGUUGUGUUCUGGUUUUGUGUACAAGUUUGAAAGGUAUAGCAACUAGUCUUAAAGACGUAUUAAGUUUUUAUCGAUAGGUUUGCUUUGUUUUUGUUAAUGUUAUCGAGCCUAUUGUGCUUGUUCACACUUCCCCGAUCGUAUGUGUGGUUAUCACGAGUGUGUUUGUUGUGUCGUAUGUGUGUGCAUCGUGUCUGUGUCGCGUUCUAUCAAAGGGUUUAAAAUUUUAUACCGAGUAUUAUAAAAUAAGAAAAAAGAAGAGAUUUUAUAGAUCACUUUAUGCAUCUUUGUGCUCUUCUUCCUGGAGGUUUUAUUAUAUAUAUAACCAAUACUAAUGUCCAUAUUGGUGUAAAUUCCGCUACAUGGGAGAGCAUAAAGUUGCAUUGAUAGGCACUUGUUUUACACUAUAAUCUUUUAUUUAUUUAUUUUUGUUAUUAUUCUCUUCACAGAUCGUGGCUGUGAUUUUUUUCAUUUUAUUUCACUGAAAACUGAUUUUCAAAAUGAUUCCAUAUUUUCACAUGUUUGGAGAUAAAAACGGCUGCAAAAUAUACGCAGAUAUACAACUUGGAUUCCACUUUUUUGCUUCUCUGUAAGCAAAAUACCUGGAGUCGAAGUUAAAAAUGAUGCAGAUAAAACUUGAACACUUAUAUUUUAUUACUUUGAUAGUCUUCUUAAAUGUAUUUUGAGCAUGCACUUGUCUUUUUCAUAUCGAAAGGGAAAAGGUGUUACCUAAAAAGAAUCGAUGGGAGUGAUUAUUCGGAUAUGUGUCUGCUCAUCAUACAAAUUAAAUCUGUAAAUCUUUUCAUUAGUUUUACUCUGAUCACUGUGUCAAAUAAAAACAUUCAGCCAAA